GCAACUUUCACGUUAGUACACAAAGACCCCGCCAUGAGGUAGUAUCUUUAUUUUUCACGCGCAUCUGGGUCCCUGAGAGUCUGCGAGGGGAAGGGGCUCGCCUGCGCCCACACAGGCAGACACGGGCCUCUGACAGAGCUCCGAGGGCCCCAGGCGGUCACACGAGUCUGGGGACGGCCCCUGUAAGAGGAAAAGCUCGCGGUGCAGCUCAGCCAAGUCCCGGAAAGCCGAGGGGGUCCGCCCGCCGCCCCCGCCGCCCGGCCGGACGCAGGACCGCAAACAGCCGAUCCCGGAGGCCGUGCCUGAGCGUCACCGCCUGGCGCCGGGCCAAUGGCGGCCCGGGAGAGCGGCGGUCCUUAGGGCCGGGGAGGUGGGGGCCGGAACUUCCUGCCUUUCGCUCCAGCAAGUCGUUUCCCGGGCCGAUCUGCGCCCCAGCCCUGGGGCCGGGCGGACCCUCCCGCGCCCUGCCCGAGCCGUGACCCCCCGGGGCGCUCCGCGGCCGCACAGGCGGCGCCCCGGGCCCCGCGCGCCUUUCACACCGGGAGACUGAGGCUGGGAGGGGCCGCAGCGCGCCCAGGGCCAGGCAAGGUGCCCGCCCGGGUCCCCCGCCUGCUGCCCGCUGCGCGCACAGGCUCGGAUGGCGGCGGCGGCGCGGACGGAGCCGGCGCAGGGCUGUGUGACCUUUGAAGACGUGACCAUUUACUUCGCCCAGGAGGAGUGGGGGCUCCUUGAUGAGGCCCAGAGGCUCCUAUACUGCGACGUGAUGCUGGAGAACUUUGCACUGAUAGCCUCGCUGGGGCUUACAUCUUUCAGGUCCCACGUGGUUGCCCAGCUGGAGCUGGGGGCAGAACCCUGGGUGCCUGACAGAGUGGACAUGACUUCAGCCAUGGCAAGAGGGUUGUAUGGCAGGCCUGGUUCUGAUUUUUGCUGUGGAACUGAAUGUGAGGGAUCACCUUCCGAACAUAGUGUUUCUGUAGAAAGAGUGUCACAGAACGGGAGUCCCAAGGCAGCUCUGUCUGCCCAGAAGGACUACCCCUGUGACACGUGUGGUCAACACUUGAAAGACAUUCCGCACCUGGCUGAACACCAAGCAACACAUCCCAGGCAGAAACCGUAUGUCUGUGAGGCAUAUGGAAGAGAGUGCAGGUCCAACGCAAACCUUCCCCAGCAGCAGAUGCGGGAGAAUGUAGACAAGCCUAUCAGAAGGGAGGAAGGCAGGGCCUCGCUCGUGAAGAGCUGCACAGACGACACAUCAAAGAAGCCUCUCACAUUCAGAGAGGGUGGGGAGGACUUUGUGGCCAGAUCUGGCUUUCUCCAGCACCAGGUCACUCACUGUGUGGAGGAGCCACAACAGACCACGGAAGGUGUGGGGGAUUUUCACACCGUGCAAAGCCAUGGCAAGUGCAGUGAAUUUGGGAACACUUUCAGCGACAAACCCACACUUGUGCAGCCCCAGAGAACUCCCGCUGGAGAAAGGCCGUAUGAGUGCAGCAAAUGUGGGAUCUUCUUUAGCCAUGCUGCUGGCUUGUCUCAACACCAGAGGGAUCACAAUAGAGGAAAGCCUUAUGAGUGCUGCGAAUGUGGGAAAUUCUUCAGCCAACACUCCAGUCUCAUCAAACACCAGAGAGUUCACACAGGUGAGAGCCCGCAUGUGUGUGGUGAAUGUGGGAAGUUCUUCAGCCGAAGCUCCAACCUCAUUCAACAUAAGAGGGUUCACACUGGUGAGAGGCCCUAUGAGUGCAGUGAGUGUGGCAAGUUCUUCAGCCAGCGCUCCAACCUCAUUCAUCAUAAGAGGGUUCAUACCGGGAAGAGCGCCCAUGAGUGCAGUGAAUGUGGGAAAUCCUUCAACUGCAACUCCAGCCUGAUCAAACACUGGCGAGUGCACACUGGAGAAAGACCUUAUAAGUGCAAUGAAUGUGGGAAGUUCUUCAGCCACAUUGCCAGUCUCAUUCAACAUCAGAUAGUUCACACUGGUGAACGGCCUUUUGGGUGCAGUGAAUGUGGGAAAGCCUUCAGCCGAAGCUCCGACCUCAUGAAACAUCGGAGGGUCCACACCGGUGAACGACCUUAUGAGUGCACGGAGUGUGGGAAACUCUUUAGCCAAAGCUCCAGCCUCAACAGCCAUCGGAGACUUCACACUGGUGAACGGCCUUAUUGCUGCCCUGAAUGUGGGAAAUUUUUUAACCAAAGCUCCAGCCUCAAUAACCAUCGGAGACUUCACACCGGUGAACGGCCUUAUGAGUGCCUCGAAUGUGGGAAAACCUUCAGACAAAGGUCAAAUCUGAGGCAGCACCAGAAAGUCCACAAGCCAGAUAGGCCAUAUACGUGCAACGAAUGUGGGAAAGCCUUCAGCCAAAGGCCCACCCUCAUUAGGCAUCAGAAAAUCCACACUAGAGAGAGGAGUGCAGAGAAGGUGCUCCCCCCUCCUUCGACACGACGACACACAUUGGAGAGGAGCUCUGAGAGCAGUCCUUAUGAGGGAGCCCUCAGCCAGAAGUUGAGCCUUGUUCAUCCAAAUAUCCACGCUGGGGAGGUUCCCUAUCAAUGCUAGAUAUGUUGGAAGCUUUCAGGAAUGAAGUUGCCUUUUCUGACCGUGGGCGUCACCAGAGUUUUGUUACUACUAGUGUUUGUGUCAGAAGCUGUCUCAGCUCUGCCCACCAGGAGGUCUCCACAGUGUGUGCCAGCCACUCCCUGAGCUCAGGGAAGACAGACGUCCAUUCUCUCUUUCCAAGAAGAAAUCACGAGUAGCCUGAGGCUGUAGGAAGGUGUCAUUCCCUCCCCCAUGACUGGCUUAGCUGCGGACAUGAUCCAUCUUUGGCCAUGAAGCCUUGAGCUGGCGUCUGCUGGAAGAGAAGGUUUCCCUUUUUAGGGACAUCAUUGAUUUCAUAUGGUGCUCAUCAUGGAUUCAUCCAGCCUCCACAUUACCCAUCCCAACAAUUGUCUACUUUACAUUGCUCUGGUUUGGGUGAUAAUAAGGAUCUUAUUGAUAAAGCCACCUUUAAUCUUCUGUGUUGUGCUCACUGUGUGGAGUGGGAUGAGAACAGAAUUAAGGUUUACCACACUAAAGGGGUCUCCAAAUUUCCUGCUUCAGAGGGAGCAGCAGGAUGGCAGAGAACAGCUCUCAGGCCAGAUUUGGCCUCAUUUGUGUUGCUACUCAAGGCUUCCUGGGGAAGAUUGUAGGGCUUUGUGGGCCUAAUGUGGUCUGAAUGGCAUGGGUUUUUGUGGGUCAGAGAUUACCCUGAGGAAGGGGCAGUGGUGACAGCCUCCAGUGCAUCUGGGAGCAGCAUGAAUUAGUUCCCUUGUUUCCAGGGGAGGCCUCAUGUUCCCAGCACUGUCGAGCAGUUUACCUGGCACCUGCCAAGGAGGAUAUGCCUUGAAGUCUGAUAGCCACUUUACAGGUGUCUUUAACUGUAAGACACUGGGCCCAGUUGGGACCGUAAUUUGUGCAGAAUCACUGGGAGUGAUAACAGGGAGUAGGUGAGAUUGCAGCAAACUAGAGGGAAUGUGCCUCUUCUAAAAGUGCAUCCACAAAUGUUCCCUUGAGUGUGACUGUGCAGGUUUUAGGCUUGGUAGAAGUUCUCAGGACCUCCAGACCUCUGUCCUAUGACUAAGGUCACUGGCAGAGCAAAUAAUCUAAAGGUUUUUGUAGAUUCCUGCAGGCUCACUGCACUGUUCACCUCAAGGCCAUUGCUGCAGAGGAAUGGGACAGAGAAGGUAGAUCUCGUACUCCAGGGAUGUGGCAUUAGUGCCAUAGCCAGAGAUCUUGGCUGCCGAGGCAUGAAGAGAGAGAGAGUAGAGCCAAAUGUAAUUUCUAGAAUGGGUGGAGAUCAGAUUUUUAUGUACAACCAUUUCUUUUAAUGGUUUGUUGAGAUAUAAUUGUCAUGCAAUAAUUGAAUAUAUGUAUUUGAUGUGUACAACGUAGGUUUUAAAAUAUGUACACACUCAGGGAACCAGCAUCACAAUUACGAUAAUGAGCAUCUCCAUCACCCAUAAAGCUACCUCGUGCCCCUUUACCAUCCCUCCUUGCCUUCUUGAGGAAACCCUUAGCCACAUCCCAAGGAAUCCAUUGAUUUACCUUUUUUUCUCUACGGGUUUGUUUGCCUUUCCUAGAAUUUAAUACAAUUGGAAUCAUAAAGUAUUUAUGCUCUAUUUUUGGUCUACUUUCUUUCAUGUGGCAUAAUUUUAUUGAGAAUCAACCAUGCUGUGUGUAUGAAUAGUUCAUUCCUUUUACUGCUGAGUAGUACUCUAUUGAAUGAAUCCACUACAAUUUGUUUAUGCUUUAUUUUUGGUGAAAUACCCAUAAUAUAAAAUUUACCAUCUUAACUGUC